GUUUCUUUCUAUUCUUCACAACGAGGAGAGCCUGCCUCCCCUCCCUUAAGCAUUUAACUUUGCUUCUUCGAUUUCAGAUCGUAUCCCUAUCCAUCAAAUUCAGUGUAGUAGAGAGAGAGAUCCCAUCGGAUUUGGAUUCGAACCGUCUCUAUCGUUGACGUCAACGUAAAUCUGAGAGCAAUGGAAGGAGAAACGGUGGCUAAGGUGAAGAGGGAGACGGUGGUGGCAUGCAUGACUUGUCCUCUCUGCGACAACCUCCUCCGUGACGCCACCACUAUCUCCGAGUGUCUUCACACCUUUUGUAGAAAAUGCAUCUAUGAGAAAAUCACAGAGGAUGAGAUAGAGUGCUGUCCGGUAUGUGAUAUUGACCUCGGGGGUGCCCCACUGGAGAAACUAAGGCCCGACCACAUUUUGCAAGACUUGAGGGCUAAAAUAUUUACUCCAAAACGAAAAAGAGAGAGGGCGCCUGAAGUUGUGUCCUCAAUCACAUUGCCUGCAAGGAGGAAAGAGAGGUCCAUCUCGUCUUUGGUGGUAAGCACACCUAGGGUUGCAGCACAGACUGGUACAACAGGAAAGAGAACAAAAUCUCUCAUGAGGAAAGAUGUGCGUGGUAGUGGUUCCUUCACUAAGAGAACUGUGAAGAAGGAAGAAGAAUUUGGAGAUGAUCAUACAGACAGUGGAAGCUCGCCUGAAACGCUUAAAAAUUUUACUCAGAAUAAAAGGCAGGAAAAGAAGUCUUCAUAUGCAGAGCCUAGCCAAUCCCUCUCUAAUCGAAGAAACAAGGAUGUUGCUGAACCUUGGGAUUCCAAAUUAAACCUUUGGAAACCUUUAAAUUUUCUUGUGGAUGUGGCAAACGGAACAAAAUCUGAGCAUGGAAAUGCAUCUCACACUGAUUUUCAGGGGAACAAAACCAAAACAAAGGAUUAUAAACGAAAAUGCAAACUUGAGGAAGAGAACAGCAAUAAUGGUGAUCCUACAACAUCAGAAACUGCUACGCUUAAAAGAACGCGUAGGACUCGCCGUAAAAGGUCAUCCACUUUUGGUGAUUCACGAAUUCCACCACUACCAGAUACCGAAAGCCUGAAACAGGAGAGGAGAAAGGGUCCGGUUUGGUUCUCACUUGUAGCUUCGAAUAAUCAGGAAGGAGAAACAUCAUUGCCUCAGAUUCCGGCAAACUACUUGAGAAUAAGGGAUGGAAAUAUUCCAGUUUCGUUUAUCCAAAAGUACCUCAUGAGGAAGCUUGAUCUCAAGAGUGAAACUGAGGUAGAGAUAAGAUGUAUGGGAGAAGCAGUGAUCCCAACGUUGGAGCUUCACAGCUUAGUGGAGCUAUGGUUGGAAACAACUUCUAAGCAUGAAAGAGUGGCUGCAACUAUAGGUUCCUCCGCAAAGGAAUUUGUAAUGGUGCUAGCUUACGCUCGGAAGAUCCCUGAAUGCAACAACAACUAAAAGAAGUGUUCAAUAACGAAGUGAAGUGCAGGAGCAGUAGCAGUGGAAUGUAUUGUGUAGUUUGUAAUGAUACAUAUAUAUUUUCUUAUAAAUCUGAAAAUGAAUGAUCGGUGUGACGGACACUUUGUUGUCUAAGGAGGGGAUAUUCAAGAUUUGCUUUAAAAAAAGAGGUGAUUGUAUAUUUGUAUGUCUUUUUAGACAUUUGAAUGUAUGAUCAGAUAGAGGAUAAUGUUGUCGUUUCUAUGAAAUUUGGUUCCUUUGUUGGAUUAAA